AUGGCUUUGCAAGACUUCGGUGUUGCUGAUCUGGCGAACGAGUGCACCAGCAUGGAGCUCCUUGUGGAACUAUCCAUAGAUAAGGACCAUGCAUUAGAACGAGUAUGUCCUUACUGCUUCCAGUUCCUGGUUCCUGACAGCUACCGGGUGCGUCUCAAACCAAAGAUGAAAGUGACUCCACAGAUACAGAAAGUUCUUAAACGAGAGGCAAAGAACCAUAAACUUAAUAUGAAGCAGACAAAGCUUUUGAAAAAGUACAGAGAGUCAAGAAGUGUUCUGCUGGUUACUUGCAACUCAUGCAACACAACAACAAGACAUUAUGGUAAAAGCAGGGAUAUUCUGGCUGCCAAGACACAGAAUUCUGUCACUCCAAGUAAUAAAUCCAGCCUGAGGACACCAGGUGUAAAAGUUCAGUCUGCGAACAAAGUGACACCUGUAAGCUGGAGGUCGGGAUCAAAAGGGAACAGCCCCUCCUCCCUUCCCAGAACACGUGUAUCCGGACAGGCGACAACCAGCUCUGCUUCCAAGACUCCCAGAAACUCCAAAUUUCACUUUUCUAAGCUAAAACGAAUGCUUAACCUAGAAGAAAAAGAGGAAAGCCAGAAGGCAGAUUUGAAAAACUUCUUGACUUUACUUUAGAUAUACAUAUUUCAAAGUAAUGAAGACUACAGCAAUAA